AUGGCAUUUGUUAAUAGAAUUGGCAGUAUGCUUAAACAGACACUGAGCAAGCACAACAAUUUGGAAUUAUCUGCCUUUAAUACAUCACUUUACCGGGCAAUAAGGCACAUGUCAUCUUCAAAGCUCUUUGUUGGAGGUCUGUCAUAUGGUACUGAUGAGAUGAGUUUGAGAGAAGCGUUUGCACAACAUGGGGAAGUGAUUGAAGCUAGGAUUAUCAUGGACCGUGACUCUGGUAGGUCCAGAGGCUUUGGUUUUGUUAGUUUUACAUCAAGCGAAGAGGCUUCCAGUGCCAUGCAGAACAUGGAUGGACAGGAUCUUCAUGGGAGAAGGAUAAGAGUGAACUACGCUACAGAAAGGCCUCGUGGAGGGGGGUUUGGAGGUUAUGGUGGUGGCGGUUAUGGUGGUAGUGGUGGUAGUUAUGGAGGGGCAUCAUAUGGUGGGAAGGAAGAACAAUUAGGUGGCAACCAAGGCAGAGCGGACAGUGGAGAUGAAGGUUUUGGCCAGGACAAUGUAGAAGGAAGUUACAGGGAUGGUGAUGAUGAGCCCCAUGAUUAUGCCAACACCAGGGGCUGA